AUGACGGCCUCCAGUAGAGGUGGCAAUGUUGCCGCUACUUUAUUGCGGAGACAGCCUAACACCAUCUGCGUCAGCUGCAGAUAUUCCCAGUUCCGCUCCUAUUCCGCAGGCGCUGCGUCCGCGACAGCGACAGCUGAAGCCCAUCAUCUCAAACCGACCGAAUCGCAACCGCACCCCCCUUUCACAGCAUCCCGAAGGGCCGAAUACCGCAUAAAGAGUGGCAUCAUCCUCACCCGCGCGCCAUUGAUCACCCGAGCCCUUACCCCCUUCGAAAACGCCUUCUUCUUCUACCAGAAACGCUUAAACGAACGACUGGUCCUUCCCUUCCGACACACGUUCUACUACAAGAAAGACACAGCAUCCGAUCUCGACUGGAGAAUCAAGUUCGAGGAGCGAGGCAAGAUUGCAGCCAAGGAGCUUGGCAGAUACUAUGCCCAGGGACGCAAUGCGUGGAACGACGAAUUGCUGGUCGGAAGUACGUUGAGUAGCGAGGACAGGGUGAGGGAGAUCCUGCUGAAGGAUGCCGAGAACCGAGUGACCGAAGAUGGCGAGGAAGCACAGCCGGACGAGAUCGUGCCCGUCGAAAGCCCGAUGGACAGGAUCACAGAGGCGGACAAGACGAACGACGUUCGGCGGCUAGAUCGCAAGCUUGACAGGACCCUCUACCUGGUUGUACGAAGGAGUGAUGGAAAAUGGCAAUUUCCCAGCGAGGAUGUGCCGACAAAUGAGCAUCUACAUGAGACAGCAUCGAGGGCUCUGGAGUCCGCGGCAGGUGUCAAUAUGAACACCUGGAUGGUCGGUCGCGUGCCAGUCGCUCACCUUGUCACUCCCCCCAAAUUCAACGAGGACACAUCGAUGAAGCAGCAAGGCGAGAAAGUAUUCUUCUUGAAGGGAAGGAUCAUGGCCGGCCAAGCCGACCUGAAGGGCAACAAGUUGGGACUCGACGACUUCAACUGGCUGACCAAGGAGGAGGUCAAGGAAAAGUUGGGAGGACGAUACUUCCACGCUGUAAGAAACAUGAUGGCAGACCGAUAA